GACCGAGGUGUUUACCCACAAGGUGGCGACUGGCGCUGGUGCGCGCGGUGUGUGCGUGCUGCCUCCACUUGGCUUGCAGAGCCUUCUUGGCUCGACGUGGAGGGAGGCCAUUGCAGCGGAAUUUUUGUUUGUGCCCGGGCAAACUAUCACGACGGGGGCGAACCCGCUGGCGACGGUCCGGCGGUACGCUGCAACCAGGCGCUACCAGAGUGUGAUGGGGGACUACGCGACCAGCAGCGUGCCUUUGGGCGUUGCCCACGCAAUCGUCGACAAGAGGGGCAACGGUAUUAGGGCCGCCUUGCCGCAGUGCUGGGGCUUGGUGCCUCGCGGAGGGGGAGGGCAGUGGUUGGCAGUUGGUGCCUUCGACUUGUUGUUGGUUGUUGGUUGA